CCGUCAGAAAGCGUGAACCAAGCCCACGGCCAAUGUGGCAGGAAGAAUCCGAUGCCGCUCCGGUGUUCACCUUUGCUCUGCGUCCUCGUGUCAUGCAGCUGCGAGAUACCUGCAAGCUGUUGUGUUGUCUUAGCGGAAAGCCUGUGCCAACCGUCAAGUGGUUCAAGAAUGGACGCGAGCUCAGCCGAUUCGAGUACGCUAUGACGCACACCGAUGGCGUUGUAACGAUGGAGAUCAUCGACACCAAGGUUGACGAUUCGGGCGAGUACAAGUGCGUUGCCGUCAACCCGCUUGGAAAGGCUGAAACCAGCUGCGUCGUUAUCGUUGAAGAUCGCCGCCGCCAGUUUGAUCAUCCACAGCCGAAGGCUGAUGGCAAGAAAUCGAUAAAGAAACCGGAAGCCAAGGCCGCUCCAUCGAAACAACUCGGACCUCCAGAUGCACGAUCCCGCCAGUCGACCCGCGAGCUAUUGCCACUGAAAUCGGACAGCAUGAUGUGCCCACCGGACUUCACCAGAAAACUGAAGGACGUUGUCGCGUCCGACGGCGAACCACUGCAGCUGAACUGCCACGUUAGCGGCGAUCCGCUGCCUCAGAUCGUAUGGACCAAGAACGGCAAGAAGCUGACCUCUUCGGCUGUUAUUGACAUCAAGUACAAAUCCGGCAUCGCUAGCCUUCGAAUCAACGAAUUGUUCCCGGAGGACUCUGGCACGUACGUGUGCACAGCGAAGAACUCCAUGGGAGAAACCUCAACGCAGUGUGUGCUCGAUGUGAAGAAGGGACCAGCUGGCACUGCCCGACCGGAAAAGAAGGGUGGCUCGUCCAAGGCCCCGAUCAUCAACAAGCACGCCGAGUCCGGUUACUACAAGGACGGCUCGGAAGUAACGAUCGUUUGCAACAUUUCCUGCCCGGAUCCGUUCAACGUGAUCUGGCUGCACGACAAUCGCGAAAUCAAAAACACCCCCGACUUUGAAUAUCUGAACGACGGCGACGUUUACUCGCUGCAUAUUCCUGAAAUCUUCCCCGAGGACGCCGGUACGUACACGUGCGAGGCGUUCAACAAGGGCGGAGAGAGCUUCAGUUCCUGUACCAUUACGGUUUUGUCGAGCAGCGAGCAGAAGGACACGCCGACCUUCGCCAAGUUCCCGGCCUCGUUGAGUGUGCUGGACGGUGCGAAGGCCGUGUUCACCUGCGAGACGUACGACUCUCCGACCAAACUCGAGUGGUACAAGGACGGCGAGCCGAUCAACGAGUCCUCCAACCGGUACCGGUUCGUGAAGAAGGACAACAAGUACACCUUCACCAUUGCCAAGUGCUCGUUCGAGGACAUUGGCCAGUACCAGGUGCGGGUGGUCACACGCCAAGGUGACGCACUGGCUUCCUUCUCCGUCAAUGUUAGUGCGUAAUAGGUUGUUCUAAGUGAUAAGGUACUAGAAUGUUAGCUAGGUAGAUGCAAGGAAGAGGAGAUCUUAAUAUUUUGGAAGAUUUUUUUUUUAUUGUUUGUUUUCGGUACUGUGAGCGAUUUUUUUUAUUUAGCUUUCACGUGUAAGUAAUAUUUUUGUAAAGUAUUAUCGACAUCCAACAAGCAUAAUGAGGUAGGAAUUGAUUUUUUAUUGUUGAUUUACAGAAAAAUUUAAUAAAAAAAUAUUUGAGAACGA